AUGAGCGCGCCGCCGCGUCCCCCAGGAACGUUCGGCACUCACGUGCAGACGCUCUCGCGCAGAGGCGACUUCAUCUGGGAGAUGGGCGCGAGGAAUCCGGCUUACAGUAUGACACCAGUGGAGGCCAGAGGAGCUGAUCAUGUGACCACACUGCAUGUGAGAGGGAACCGCUUUUUGAGCACGGACACAAAGGGAACUGUCUGCACCCCUACUGUUUCCUGGCAGCAUGACUGUCUCUUUCCCCGAGUGAAAAGACAGUCUAACAUACUGGGCCCCAACAGAAGUGGCCUGCAGCUGACCCGUGAGAGAGCCCAGCCGCUGCAAAGGCAGAGGAGGGCCUUGCUCCUGGAGCACAGGGAACCCCGAAGGGAGCCCCACAGCCUGGAUGGCAGACAGUGGGGGAGUCAGAGCGCCAGUCCGCAGAGGGCCGAGCUGUUGGAGCAGAGCCUGUCGAUUUCUAGGGAGAGCAUCACUUCGAUCAUUCAUGACGACCCCCUGGAGGUUUUAAAGCCCAUGAACCCCAGCAGUCCCCAGAACACAGGGGCUUCUGGCCAGACAAGACUAAAAAGGUGGGCAACCAGGAGACCAAAGAGCAGGGAUAGAGUCGAAGCAGCUGGUGUGAAACAGCGUUUACUUUUUUAUUCCUCUAGUUGAUGCUUAUCACCAAAGCAACUUACCAUGUUGUCAGCUGUUGUUUACCCAUUUAUACAGCUGGGUAACCUUUACUGGAGCAAUACAGGGGUAAGUACCUUGAUCAAGGGUACAACAGCGCAACAGGUGACAUUUGAACAUGUGAUCUUUGGAACUGAAGGCAUGAGCAUUAACUGUUCCGCUACCAGCUGCCCCCCCCCGAGGUCCACAACUCGUGAAAUGAUGCCAGAAAAUUGCUAAUUAAAGUGAGGUUUAUAGGCUGACCCUAUUUCUGGAAAAUAGUCCUGUACCGUUCAAGUUACCAGAAAGAUUGACGGCCCAACAGAAGGGCCUCUCAAGGACUUUAAAAGUCUGAGGGUACGGUAGACCUGUGCGCUGCCAAGGCUGGACAUGGGAUCACAUCGACAUCUUUAGAACAGUAUUAUAACUCAGUGGGGAUUUUGAACAAAUUAUUUGCAGAAGCCAAACUGAACCCUGACCACCUGGACCUGCGCCCCAAGUUCAUGCGUCAAAGUGCGGUCAUGUGGAUGGAGCGCACAGGGCUUCUUUGACUUCACAUGAACAUGUCACAAUGCUUUAGAGUAGACUUGUUUUUUAAUAACAGUAAAACAUGGGCAACUACUACAGUUUCCCCUCAAAACCUUUGUCGCAUUCAGUGCUCAUGCUGUACAUGUACAUACUUGGGCUUGAAAAUAGUUGCUGCAGUGGCUCAACUGUUCAUCCUGUACUCGGCUUUGAAGUUAAAAUUUAAACCCAAAGUCACACUGGGCUUCUGGUUGCAAAAUGUUCUUUGGAAGCAUACCAGCACGUAUCUAAAGUUUACUAGUUGGAAUGAAGUUUUUUAGUGAACUUUCUUCAUUAGUGUCCGAUAGAAUCAAUCAGUGGUAAUUUUUGAAAGGUUUUCCUUUGAUAUUUAUCAUGAGAUUACCAGCAGGACCCAAUAAACUAUGCAAGAAAUGGAUGAAAUUGGUCCUAGAGGUGGUGGACCUCACUUAGACCAAAGUAAACCAAAAACUGUAAGUUAUAAAUAUUCAUAUAUUUACAAUUACUUAUUUAGAUUAUGCUUACAGCGAUUUACCCAUUAUAAAGCUGUGUAAUUUUUACUGGAGCAGUUUUUAGAUUAAGAGACUUACUAUAGGAUGAGGAGGGUGGAUUCAAACCCCUGUAAGAGCUCAGCAUUAACCACUAUAUUACUGCACAUACAUACAUGUAAUGUAUGUCUUAUACAUAU